AUGACCUCGUCUCAAUACUAUCACCGUCUAUACCCCACAGGAAAAGAGGACGACAAUAAUUCAGGGGUCGAGGACCUCGAUAGCCGCUCACUCACAUACCUCCAAAGGUUUCGGAACAUUCAGGUCGUAGUCAUUGCACUGCUUUUCAUCUCAAAUGUCGCAUUCGCUGGUCUCUGGCUGAACUCCCAAAUGCAGGGAACACAGCAAAAGGCUUCCGAUUGCGUACGACCUCAAUUGACAUUUUCCAUCAGCGCCAUUCGCUAUGAGAAGAAGCGCCUAUGGCGAGAUAUUGAUGGGCCCAAUCCGUUUACUGGAAAGCCCCGGCCAGAGUUUGACAAAGCAUGGCGUGACAUUAUAGCGCGUCAGUGGCUUUCUCAGUCUAUCAUAAUUUUCCUGACAAUGGUCCCCGUAGCACUCACGAUCAAGGUACAUGGCGACGAACUUGAGCGCUUCAGUGAAGGUGACACCACACUAGCUUUCAAGGACGGUUCUGGAUACAUUGCCGAAAUGGGCGUUUACCACGAAUUACAUUGCGUCUGUUGGGCCUUCAAGAAACGUGUAAGACGGUAUCUGCAUCUGAAUCAUUACUAUCCGAACAUGUCAGAGUCAGAUCGAGAAAGGGAAGAUGCUCACAUUGACCACUGUCUCGAAUAUUGGAGAGAGUCCGCCAUGUGUCGAGGCGACACAACUCUUGGAACCUUUUUCUGGAGAGAUGGUGUACCGACCUCUAGAGUGUACACAGACAAUGAGUGUGUGGAUUGGCAGGCACUAGAUCACUGGGCCAGACGGAGGAAGGUUGACAUGACAGAUUAUUCACAAUUUGUAUAGCAUGAUUGAAACGGGCAAAGCUUCACCCCACUUUAUUCUUCACAUAGGCCAAGGAAUUCUACGAAGCGAAAGGUGUAUGAAACCUCGCCCGGUAGGAAUCAUCGUGCCCCAAGCUGCUUCGGAUUCCAGUGACGGCCUUUGGUUGAAUGUCAGAUUGUGCUCCCAGGUCGUAUGAACAGAACCUGGGGGCACUUUUUAAAAGUAAGUAGUGGAUUUUCUUCAGGCUUUGUUCGACGUGCUUACUCGGAAGUCCAAACUGAGCCCUGUCCGUAAGCAUUGCAAGACUGCAACCGAGAACAUAUCCUGAAAUAGUCGAUGCUAUCACAGCACAUGCAACAUUAAUCCAUCGCGGUUUGGCGCUGGGCCGAUAUGUAGUAUCAUUCGAAUCGAGCUUUUCACCCGUUGACAG